CUACCGGUUGGUUCCGCCCGCGGGAAGGGGGUCGGGCGGCGCGCGCUGGGCCCAGGCCCUUGCAGCCGGAGGCUCCCGCAGCGGGCGCCAUGCGGCGUGCGCUCCGGCGGGGCCGGGCGCUGCGCCACAGCGUGCCCCGGCGCUGCGCCUCCGGCUCCUUCGCCAGCCGCCCGCUGCCGGAGAGCGCGGCCGAGGACGCAGAGAAGGGCCAGCGCCGCGUCAACCCCCUCAACAUCCAGAUGCUGUCCCGCAGCCUGCACGAGCAGAUCUUCCGCGGGGCCCGGGCGGGCUACUCGGAGGCGGCCGUGCGGCGCAGCGUGGAGCACCUGCGGCGCCACGACCUGUGGGGCAAGGAGACCUCGGCGCUGCCCGACGUGGAGCUGCGCCUGCCCCGCAUGUACGGGGACAACAUCGACGAGCAUUUCCGCCUGCUGGCCCAGAAGCAGAGCCUGCCCUACCUGGAGGCUGCCGAGGAGCUGCUGCGCUGCCGGCUGCCCCCCGCGCCCCCCAGCUGGGCCUGGCAGCUCGGCUGGACCCGCUACGGCCCCGACGGCCGGCCGGAGCCCGUCGACUUCCCCCGGGAUCGGGCGGUGGUGCUGGACGUGGAGGUGUGCCUGGCCGACGGGCAGUGCCCCACGCUGGCGGUCGCGGUCUCGCCUCACGCCUGGUACUCGUGGUGCAGCAGGAGGCUGCUGGAGCAGCGCUACUCCUGGUCCAGCCGCCUGACCCUGGCGGACCUCAUCCCGCUGGAGAGCGCGGCGGGCGCCGGCUGUGCCGGGCGGCAGGACUGGCCGGAGCGCGUGGUGGUGGGGCACAACGUGGCCUUCGAUCGGGCGUUCAUCAAGGAGCAGUACCUCAUCCAGGGCUCCCGGGUGCGUUUCCUGGACACCAUGAGCAUGCACAUGGCCAUCUCGGGGCUGACGGGCUUCCAGCGCAGCCUCUGGAUGGCUGCGAAGCACGGCAAGAGGAAGGGGCUGCAGCAGGUCAAGCAGCACAUCAAGAAGACGCGCAGCAAAGCCGAGGGGCCGGCGGUCACGGCGUGGGACUGGGUGCACGUCAGCAGCAUCAACAACCUGGCGGACGUGCACGCGCUCUACGUGGGCGGGGAGCCGCUGGAGAAGGAGGCGCGGGAGCUGUUUGUGAAGGGGACCAUGGCCGACAUCAGGGAUCACUUCCAGGACCUGAUGUCGUACUGCGCCCGUGAUGUCCGGGCCACCCACGAGGUGUUCCAGGAGCAGCUGCCGCUCUUCAUGGAGAGGUGCCCCCACCCCGUGACGUUCGCAGGGAUGCUGGAGAUGGGGGUGUCCUACCUGCCGGUCAACGGCAACUGGCAGAGGUACCUGGACGACGCCCAGGGCACCUACGAGGAGCUGCAGAAGGAGAUGAAGAAGUCCCUGAUGAACCUGGCCAACGACGCCUGCCAGCUGCUGCACGGGGACAGGUACAAGGAGGACCCCUGGCUCUGGGACCUGGAGUGGGACACGCAGGAGUUUAAGCAGAAGAAACCCCCGAGGAAGAAGAAGGAUCAGAAGGUGAACGGCGGCGAAGCCUCCGGGGCAGGAUUGGCGCAGGAGUGGCAGGGAGACCGCGGACCCCCCAGCGAGGACGAGGAGCUGAAAGCAGCCCCCGAGGGCAGCGCCCUCCUGCAGCGCCUGAAGGACACGGUCACGCUGCAGCCCAAGAAGCUGCAGCAUCUCCCCGGCCACCCGGGGUGGUACCGCAAGCUGUGCCCGCGCCUGGAGGAGGAGGGCUGGGUGCCGGGGCCCAGCCUCAUCAGCCUGCAGAUGAGGGUGACCCCCAAGCUGAUGCGCCUGGCCUGGGACGGGUUCCCCCUGCACUACUCGGAGAAGCACGGCUGGGGCUACCUGGUGCCGGGGCGGCAGGACAACCUGCCGGCAGCCCCCCCAGAGGCGGGGGGUCCCGUGUGCCCCCACAGGGCGAUCGAGGAGCUGUGCCGGCAGCACCGGCUGGAGAAGGGCCGGGAGCAGCCCCCGGAGGAGGCGAGCGUGGAGGACGAGCUGCUGGUGAUGGACGGCAGCAGCAUGUGGCAGAAGGUGGAGGAGCUGAGCCAGCUGGAGGGGGACGUGGGCAGGGCGGACCAGAGCUUGGUGCAGGAGGAGGGGGAUGAGCGGUGCGAGCUGGUGGAGGCGGACAGCCGGCCCUCGUACCACCACGGCAAUGGGCCCUACAACGACGUCGACGUCCCCGGGUGCUGGUUCUUCAAGCUGCCCCACAAGGACGGGAACGCUAACAACGUCGGGAGCCCCUUUGCCAAGGAUUUCCUGCCCCGCAUGGAGGAUGGCACCCUGCGGGCUGCCGUGGGACGCACCCACGGGACGAGAGCCCUGGAGAUCAACAAAAUGAUCUCCUUCUGGAGGAACGCUCACAAGCGGAUCAGCUCGCAGAUGGUGGUGUGGCUGAAGAAAGGGGAGCUGCCUCGCGCCGUGACAAGGCACCCGGACUACAACGAGGAGGACGACUACGGAGCCAUCCUGCCGCAGGUGGUGACCGCGGGCACCAUCACCCGGCGGGCCGUGGAGCCCACGUGGCUGACAGCCAGCAACGCCCGGGCCGACCGCGUGGGCAGCGAGCUGAAAGCCAUGGUGCAGGUGCCACCCGGCUACUCCCUGGUGGGCGCGGACGUGGACUCCCAGGAGCUCUGGAUAGCCGCGAUCCUGGGCGAGGCGCACUUCGCCGGCAUGCACGGGUGCACGGCCUUCGGCUGGAUGACCCUGCAGGGGAAGAAGAGCAACGGGACGGACCUGCACAGCAAGACGGCCGCCACGGUGGGCAUCAGCCGGGAGCACGCCAAAGUCUUCAACUACGGGCGCAUCUACGGGGCCGGGCAGCCCUUCGCCGAGCGCCUGCUGAUGCAGUUCAACCACCGGCUGACGCAGGAGCAGGCGCGUGAGAAAGCCCAGCAGAUGUACGCGGUCACCAAGGGCAUCCGCAGGUUUCAUCUGAGCGAGGAGGGCGAGUGGCUGGUGAAGGAGCUGGACCUGGCUGUGGACAGGGCGGAAGAUGGCUCGGUGUCAGCCCGGGAUGUCCACCGGCUCCAGAGGGAAGCUGCGAGAAAGUCCCGAAGGAAGAAGAAGUGGGACGUGGUGGGCCACCGGUUGUGGGCUGGAGGCACCGAAUCCGAAAUGUUCAACAAGCUGGAGAGCAUCGCCUUGUCCUCCUCGCCGCAGACCCCAGUGCUGGGCUGCCACAUCAGCAGGGCGCUGGAGCCCGCCGUGGCCAAGGGGGAGUUUCUGACCAGCAGAGUGAACUGGGUGGUGCAGAGCUCGGCCGUCGACUACCUGCACCUCAUGCUGGUCUCCAUGAAGUGGCUCUUCGAGGAGUUCGACAUCAACGGGCGCUUCUGCAUCAGCAUCCACGACGAGGUGCGCUACCUGGUCCAGGAGCAGGACCGCUACCGGGCGGCCCUGGCCCUGCAGAUCACCAACCUGCUGACACGGUGCAUGUUUGCCUACAAGCUGGGCCUCCAGGACCUGCCGCAGUCGGUGGCCUUCUUCAGUGCCGUGGACAUUGACCGGUGCUUAAGGAAGGAGGUGACCAUGAACUGCGUGACUCCAUCAAACCCCACAGGGAUGGAGAAGAAAUACGGCAUCCCUGAAGGAGAAGCACUGGAUAUAUAUCAGCUUCUUGAAAUAACCAAAGGUUCGCUGGAGAAGAAGUGAUGACGCUCGAGUGCCAGAACAACAGUUGUCCAGAGAGCGUGCCAGAACCUGGCUGUCCUUUCAGGAGCACAUCUUUUGUCAGGGACUGAUCUUGGUUGAGCUGCUUGCUUUUUGCUGGAAGAAGGAAUGUUCCUGGAGAAAAGAACUGUGGUAGCAGCAUGUUUGAAUGGCAGAGGCAUUUCUGAGGGCAGCAGCCAGCUUUAAUACCUGCGACGCUUGACAAGAGUCACUGUUUGCACAUCCCUGGGCAUGAAGAAAGAAGUCUUAAGUAUUUGACAAGAGAAACAACAAACUACUAUCUCUGUACACACGGUUCUUCAAGACCAAGGUGAAUGCCACAGAACAGGCACUGUAGGAGAAGGAGGGGGCAGCAGUGGCAACCACACCUUUAUGUUUUUCGCCGUCUCUUCUUUUUGGGUUCCUGGUUCUCAUCUGGCUGCUCUGCUGUGGUGGACUGGAGAGAGGAGGAGAGAGUAGCGGUACCAAGUAUGAAUGUUUUUGUGUGAGUACUCUAAUGAACGUUUACUUUAAGAAAGCAGACUGACAGAACAGGAUUUAGCACUUUUCCCUCCCUAGAAAAAUGGCCUGAAAUAGGGGACUCUUCUCACCCACUGAAAUUUCCCCCCUGGAUCUCUUUAAUUCAUGCUGGAAUUCAGACCCCAGGUUCUGAACGGCACAAGACAAGGCCUGCUUGUUCAGUGCUGGAUCCUGGCUUGUUGAUGCUGAUUACACUCUGGGAAAUAUGGGCAAAAGCACCAAUAAAAACCUGGACAAUC